UUUCAUCUUGUUAUUGAUUGUAGUUGUGAUUGGUCGAAUAAAAACGUAUUUACCAAUAGGAAAACACUUGGGGCAUUCGAAAAGAUGGCUGCGUUGCCGUCACCGACACAGGUGGCUGGAAACCACAGUGCCAUAUAUGAGGCUUAUUACAAUGUGGUGGACCCCAACGGGUUCGGUACGGUGGGUGGCAUGGAGGCCGCGCGAUUCCUCAAACGAUCCGGGCUAAGCGACGUAAUCCUGUCGAAAAUUUGGGAUUUGUCCGAUCCCGGUGGACGCGGCUGUCUGGACAAGUCGGGCAUGUUUGUAGCUUUAAAAUUAGUCGCUCUUGUACAAAACGGUAGAGAUUUAUCCUUAUCGAACGUAAAUGUGGACGUGCCUCCGCCAAAAAUGGGAGACAUUCCUUUACCCAAACCUGUAAAACCUCCACCUCCUAGCAAUUCUCCUUUAAUUACCUCUUUACCUCCAACCGCAGUCGACUGGACCGUCAAGCCAGCGGAAAGAGAGAAAUACGAUAAAUUAUUCGACUCUUUACAACCAACUAACGGACUAAUCCCCGGCAAUAAAGUGAAGAACGUUUUAUUAGAGUCAAAGUUACCGUUCGAGACUUUGGGCAAAAUCUGGGAUUUGGCGGAUCAAGAUAAGGACGGAAUGUUGGACAGACACGAGUUCAUUGCAGCCAUGCAUUUAGUGUACAAAGCGCUUGACAAGUUUGCAAUACCGAAUACUCUUCCUCCCGAGCUAAUGCCGCCCGCAAAAACGAAAAACAACCCUCCACUGGUGGCCCCCCUGUUGUCCAAAGGCCUGGACGGCGUAAAACCCGACAUUCCGCCGCCCCCAGCGGCCGCUGUAGCCGCCCCCAAACCGGUUCAGAGCGUCCAACCCACAAUCCCCUGGGUGGUAACGCCCGAUGAAAAGGCCAAAUCGGACGCACUCUUCAUCAAAAGCGACAUCGACAAAGACGGAUUCGUCUCCGGCCAAGAGAUUAAAAACGUUUUCCUGCAGUCUGGCGUUCCUCAGGCCGUUUUAGCCCACAUUUGGGCUCUAUGUGAUAUUAAACAAAGUGGAAAGUUGAAUAAUGAGCAGUUUGCUUUAGCCAUGUGGUUUGUGGCGAGGUGUUUGAAGGGGAUUGAACCGCCAACUGCGCUCACCCCAGACAUGGUGCCUCCCAGUUUUAGGACUAAGGCGGCCGAUGGAUUGGUGAACAACAACACAAGAUACUCAAACCCGGAACUUGAUAUGAUCAGUAAAGAUAUUGAAGAAUUGGCGCGCGAAAAACUCGCUUUGGAAACGGACAUUGCACAAAAGGAGGCCGAUAUUAAGAUAAAAAGUGGCGAGAUUAAGAGCUUGCAGAGUGAACUCGAUACGUUGGCGGCCACUUUGAAACAAUUGGAAAAUCAGAAAGGGGAAGCCCAGAAGAGAUUAAACGAUCUCAGGACGCAGAGAUCUGAGGUAGACAGGGAGAUGGAAGAGGUCUGUAGAGAAAUCGAGGAAGAGACCGUCAAGGUGGACAAGCUGAGGGCUCAAGCAGCGGAGCAGGCGGAACAGGUGGCGGCACAAGAAGCCGAAUUGAAUUCAAAGAAAGAACAAUUGGAAGGCUUGCGACAGGAAGAACAAAGACUGGAACAACAAAAAAGAGAAAGCGACAGUAAAUUACAAAGUCUGACAUCGAAUUUACAAGAAACCCAACUUAGUAUCAGUCAGGCGAAAGCGCUAAUAACGCAGUUACAAGAACAGACGAGACAAAUGAACGACGCGAUAGAAGCGUGCGAUAGCGCUAUUCAAUCGGGAGAUGCAAACUCCGUACCUGAUACCGCUUUAAGCAUCCAACCAGAUUUUCGCGAUCCCGAAUAUACCAAAGUUGGACUUGUUAACGGCAAUAGCAAUAAACAGAACGGGUUUGGGGACGGGAAAGACGAUCCGUUCAGUAGCAAGCAAAACGGGACGAGUUUCUCGGCCGGCUUCGGGGAUGAUCUCUUCAAUAACGAUACUUUCAAAAAUUCCAAUGCCUUCGAACAAAGUGAUCCAUUCAAUUCUGCCUUCUCAAAGUCAAAUGAUGGCUUCGCAUCGGACCCGUUCGGUGCGAGUUCGUUCAACACCGGAGCGGCGGCGAAAGCCGAUCCUUUCGACGCGUUCGGGGAUUCCCAGAAAACGGCGGAUUCCACAGUUGAGCCCGAUAAGGAUCCAUUCGGUUGCGAUCCGUUCGCCGUUCUGCACGCCCCGACCAGAGAUGGGGCGCCACCUCCUCGACCUACAAGUCCUAGUCCAGCUUUACCUCCAAAGAAGAGCAAACAGCCGCCUCCAAGACCGGCACCACCACGACCUUCACAGCCUCCCGGUGUUAAAAGGACAUCACAGCCGGAUCUGUUUGGAAACGACGCGUUCGGUACAAGCGGCGGUUUUGCCGAUUUUUCGGAUUUCGAUUCUAAGUGUUUGCACUAUAGUCACGUCACGGGUCCCUUCACUUCCUCUCCCCUGAAUCCCUUGCACAGCCCGUUUCCCACAAAGCCGACCACCGCACAGCCGAAGGGUUUGGAUUUCACGGACGACCCAUUCCGAGACUACCGAUACGAGGACCCAUUUAACAUCAAAUUCGAUGACGAGCCCUCCGACGUUAAGGGGAGUCUAGGGAGCGAAAUCGACGCCUUCGGCGCCCCCAAGUCCGAAAAGUUCGACCCUUUCGGCUUGGACGGGCGGCAGUCGGUUCCGCUCCCGGGGGCGCCCGCGGGGGCGGACCCCUUCAGCGGCCGCGCCUCGGCCCCCCUUUCAGUGAGCGAGGAUUUGCAGUUGGCGUGGGCCGCCCGCGAGAGUCUCAAGCUCGAAGAGGACCGGAAAAAAAGACAGUUGCAAGAACAGGCCGAUCUAGAGUUAGCCAUCAGUUUAAGUAAAGCUGAAAAUAAAAAAUUGUAGCUCAUGUCAAUAAUAAUAAUACGAGCUUGACUGUGGUACGCAUUUCUUUUCGCUUAUCAAAAUAUGGACAUAUCAGUUGGAUAAUUUCAGUAUGCCUGUGCCUACUUCACAAUACUCUUUCAAGGACUAUAACGAAUGGCAAUAUGUGUUUUCAAUAAUCCUUACAGUAUUCAGCAAGACUUAAGAGUUUGGUUUCCUUUAUUUUUUUAUUUGUCGUUCAAAUUUUGGUCAGAUUUUAUGACAGUUUUCUAUCACUUGUAACAGCCCAACACUUUAUUAAUAAAUUCUCCGUCUCAAAAAUUAAUAUAAUCACACAGAAAUCAGAGUUUGCAAUUUUUUAUACAUGUGUUUUUUACAGAAUUUUUCUACAUUUUCGUAAUAUUAACUGUGAUUUAAUUGUAAAUAUUAAGGGUUGGUUUAUAUAACCAAUCAAACGUCAGAUUGGCUGAUCACGUGACUAAAUUAAACCAAUUAGAUUCUCAAAUCCUUUCGCUAAUCAUGAAUUAACUUUUAAAUUAAAUUUUUAUUAUUUUUUUUAAUGGCAAUUACGGUAAUUUUUUUGGUAAAAGAUUAUGCUCUAAAAUAACUUCUAAUUUAAUUAUAUUAUUUUUAAACUUGUGUAUCCAUUGAUGUUUUUCUUUUUCGAAAAAAAAUUCUUAAAAAAUGACUCUGUAUAAGGAGUUAUAGAAAAGUUCCGAAAAACUUCACAUGCAUAGAAAAAAUAUGUAUUCAAUAAAAAAUACACUGAACUCUGUGUGAUUAUUAUUAUUUUUUGAUAUACAUUGUAUCCCUGGAAGCAAUUACCAUAUACAGGUGAGUUUAAAAUAACGCAUAAAAUUGAUCUUACUUUGUUGGCGGUCAUUUUUUAAAAACAAUUUCGAGCAAGUUGCAAAGAGCAAACAUUUUUUUUUCGUUUUUCUGGUAAAUACAAAAAUAAUAAUAAAAUAAAAAAGUAAUCUCGUAAAAAUGUAAAAUAAAAUAAUCAAAUUAUCAAUACAAAUAAUUCUAACUUUAUUACUUCUUGACUGUUACGCUAAUUGAUAAGAAAUUGAAGAAUGUGACCGAACAAAAAAUGUGUGUAAUUUGUGAUUAUCGGUAAAUUUUUUGUUUAAUUUCUACGAGAAAAGGUGUUGGGCUGUCGAGUGGUCCAAAGCUGGAAAUGCCCGAAUUUGAACAAUUGCCGUUUCUGAUUUUAGUCAUGUAAAUAUGUUAUUGUUUAAAUACAAUAUAAUUGUUAACAUUU